AUGCACUGUCUGCUUGCAAUACUUCUUUACACAGGGGCACAUACCCUACACAAUGAUCGACUGGUGAUCAUGCAGUUGGACUGGACGGCCAAUCACCCUAGAACCUUCCGACUGACAAGACCACAUCAAUCAUCGUCGCCCGAAGCGCAUAAAGAUAUCUAUAUGGCCUCUAGUCCAAUCCAGCAUGAAGGAACCUAUAUAAAAAUAUAUUGCUCUGCCUCGCGCUCUAUCGAGAGCUUGUGGGGAUUUGCAAGCAAAGGUGCGACAGAAAUCCAAAGGGAUUACGCCAUUGGCUUUCAACAAGAUGUGAAAUUGGAGGAAAACUGCUUGAAAAACCUCCGGCAAGAUUUUUAUCAAGCUAAUUCAAUAUCAAAAUCACACAAAGGAAUUGAGAUUCAGGCUCGUCCACUAAUCCGUCGCGAGAUAUGUACAGGAGGCACGAUUUACAGUCUAGCGAUGCAAGGGAGAAUUUCAUUGACUGCCCUAAACAAUGUACACAUUUUUCAUCGUUGGGUGAACGAUGUACGGGUCCAAUACGACGAGGAACUUGAAAUGGCGAGCAUCGUACUCGGCGGCCAGUUCCUUACUGUUCAAAGAACCCUCUAUGAUGAUAUUGGUCUCGCAUGGCACCAGGGUAAUCUUGAUAUAUUCCAAAAGCAGCAAUUCACCGAUUUCUGGAUGGAAAGUGAUAAGAUGGCCCGAGGUUACCCCCGUAACCACCUCAUCAUUGACCUCGUUGCAAAUCAUUUCUGGGUCGUGGGUGCCAUCAUGAGAACUUUAGAAAGCCAAAAGACCCAUGACAUGGCAUCAGGUUCGUGGGACCAACCUCUAUCCCACGAGCAAGAAUUACAUCACAUUCAGCAAUUACUCGCGCAGCUCUGCCAGAGCGGAACUAAAUUCACUCAAGUACAAGCGACUGAUUAUUUUGCUAUCCCGUAG